GCUAAUUCGAACGCUAUUAGAGUGUAGGCCUAGCAUAGACAUAGAGAACGCAACCACAAUCCUACCAAGUUCUUGACUAGCGCUUUUUUUUGGCAGAGAAUUGGAGGUGAUAUACGUGUCACACCGCAGAAUUGCUACCAUACAUGUACGCGAGCCUUUGCUGCUCUGAGUCUCUCUGGCUCUGGCUUCUGGGCAUGCUUCUGCAGCUCUUGCGCUUGCUUUAGCAUCAUCAGCAUCAACAUCGACACCGACACGCACCGAAACCGACACCAUGGACGCGGUCCAGUUUCGGAGCUUGCUGUGUCGCGAAAUUGAAAGGGCGGAGGACGUGGCCGAGGUGUUGGAACAAGCUCGGGGGAUGUACUCUCAGCAUCUGAGACUGAAAGCCGAGCGAAAUGGCAGAGGAGGCUGCGCGGUAUUUCUUGCUUUUUGUUCAGAAGCUUAUAUCUAUAAGAAUAAUUAUAGGUGUUGAGUUAGAAUUUCAAACAAUAACAACUAUGCCAUCAGCGUCUUUGCGUGAGCAUAGCGCUGGUAGAUCAUUAGCCCGCUUUCUAUUUGUGUUUCUAUUUCAGUUUCUAUUUCGUUCCGGUCAUUACUUUGCUACCUGGCUUGCUAGUCUCUGCACUAUCUUCCGUUCCGUACUUAGUUCCGUUUUGUUCUCUAUUUCGUUCCAGCCUCCAUUUGAUUUCGUUCCAUGAUUUGUCUCCCGUGGUUCUCUAACUCGUAUGGUCUUGCCUCUAUUUCGUACCAGUCUCUGCUUCGUUCUACUUAUAUUCUCUAUUUCGUCCCACUCUAUAUUUUGCACUUGUUCCACUACAGUAAUUGCAUACUCCACAAAAUCAAAAGCAAAACUCUAGGUCACUCCAGCAACGAGCACGAUUUACAACAAACGAGGACGCACACCAGAGUGGCGAGGCAAAUCGUGGAAGGACAUCGCAGAAAUCUACCUUCGUAAAUUGUACUACAUCGAGGACGUGAGUGGGCAAGGAAGCGACAAGGGUGCGAAUGCUUUUGCUGGUUCUUUUUCAUCCUGUGACAGGCGGAAGCACAUCCAGCCAAAGCAGGAGGAGUCGGACGACCUGCGCCUGGCAAGCGGAUUGGCAACAGAACAAAUCCAGCAACCCGGAGAUGAUGAUCCCCGAAUUACGAACUAUAUCCGGCUUCGUUGGGGCGUCGGCGGCUGUCGAGGCACAGCGCCACAACUGGGCAAAGCGCACAAUCGAGCCCUCGGCUACGAUGCCAGCCGCCUGCAGGAUGGGUGCCGUAGAAGAUGGCUGGGCGUCAAGAAGCGAGCUAACGUCCAGGCAGCUACGUCCUCGGCCUCUUCUCGAACAGUCAGCGCUGCUGUCAGCGCUAAGAAGAGGCGCACCGGCGACGCGAUGGGGAUUGGGUGCAGCAGUGACAGUGACAGCGAUAGGGAAG